AUGUAUGUGGAGUACGACCAACAUUCAUACUUUGAUCAGUCUUUGCAGGCCAAUUUCAAGUCAACUGAAUCAACUGUCAGUGGAAAAAACGAGGUGUUACGGGAACUUUUAUCGAGGCACGAUGACUUUACGGAGAGGCAUAUUGGUCCAUCUGAGACCGAAAAGAAAGAUAUGCUACAGUUUAUUGGUGUUAAGGAUAUUAAGGAAUUGAUCAACAAAGCUGUUCCUGAAAAUAUCAGACUAGGUAGAGAACUUGAUUUGGAAGAACCUAAAGGAGAACAUGAAGUACUUGAUCACCUUAAAGGAAUUGCCAAAAAUAAUAAGCUAUGGAGGUCAUACAUUGGGAUGGGUUACUAUGGAUGUGAUGUACCCCCAACAAUAAUGAGAAAUAUAUUUGAAAAUCCUGGAUGGGUCACCCAGUACACUCCAUAUCAAGCAGAGAUUGCUCAGGGUAGGCUGGAAAGUCUUCUUAACUACCAGACCAUGAUUUGUGACAUGACAGGCCUGGAUGUUGCCAAUGCCUCUCUGCUGGAUGAGGCUACAGCUGCUGCAGAGGCCAUGGGGCUAUGUUACAGAUACAACCAGAGACAGAAAUUCUAUGUAGAUGAAAGAUGUCACCCCCAAACAAUUGCAGUAGUUACAACAAGAGCAAGUGUAUUAGGAAUAGAAGUGAUCUGCUGUCCAGCUGAUGAGAUGGAUUUCUCAAAGCAAGACAUUGGUGGAGUCCUGUUUCAGUAUCCUGACACAAAUGGCAGCAUUGAAGAUCUGUCUGCAUUUGUAGCUGAUGCUCAAGCAAAUGGGACCCUAGUUGUAUGUGCCACUGACCUGUUAGCCCUCACAAUCCUAAAGCCCCCAGGGGAGUUUGAAGUGGACAUUACUGUAGGCACCAGUCAGAGGUUUGGGGUUCCCCUGGGGUAUGGGGGGCCACAUGCAGGGUUCUUUGCUGUGAAGAAAAAGUACAUAAGAAUGGUGCCAGGAAGGAUGAUUGGGGUUACAAAAGAUGGCAGUGGAAAAGAGGCCUACAGGCUGGUCCUGCAGACAAGAGAACAGCACAUUCGCCGUGAUAAAGCCACCAGUAAUAUAUGCACUGCCCAGGCACUGCUGGCCAAUAUGUCAGCCAUGUAUGCUGUAUAUCAUGGCCCCCAUGGCCUGAAACACAUUGGAACCCGCGUUCACCAUGCUGCACUGAUUUUGAAUGAGGGUGUAGAGAGCGCUGGUCACUCACAGGUCAACAACGUAUUUUAUGACACCCUGAAGAUCAUGCCAGCUGACCAGGAAUUGAACAAUAUUAUUCAGAGGGCUCAGGAAAAGAAAAUCAAUCUCAGAUAUUUCCCUGAUGAUCAUAUUGGAGUAUCUCUGGAUGAGACAGUUGAAAUAGAAGACCUCAAUGACUUAUUAUGGGUAUUUGGUUCUCAGAAGAAAGCUGAAGAUAUUGCAGUGGCUUUGGAAAGAGACUGUCCCAGAUCUCUGUUUAAUACUCCAUUUAAAAGGACAUCAAAAUAUCUCACGGAAAAUGUAUUUAACAGAUUUCACUCAGAGACACAAAUUGUGAGAUACAUGAAGAUAUUGGAAAAUAAAGAUGUAUCUCUAGUUCACUCCAUGAUUCCCUUAGGGUCAUGUACAAUGAAGCUGAACAGUACCACAGAAAUGAUUCCGUGUUCCUGGUCAGAAUUUGCUCACAUUCACCCAUUUGCUCCUGUUGAGCAGGCACUAGGAUACCUUCAACUGUUUGAGGAGCUGGAAAAAGACCUCUGUGAAAUCACAGGGUAUGACAGAAUCUCUUUCCAACCAAACAGUGGAGCCCAGGGUGAAUAUGCAGGUCUGAGGGCAAUAAUGGCAUAUUUAAAAUCAAAAGGACAAUCACACAGAACAGUCUGUCUGAUCCCAGCUUCUGCCCAUGGUACCAACCCUGCAAGUGCACAAAUGGCUGGGAUGGAAAUCAAACCUAUCAAAGCAGACAAAUAUGGUGAAAUAGACAUGGUCCAUCUCAAAACCAUGGUAGAAAAGCACAAAGACAAUUUAGCGUGUAUGAUGAUUACGUAUCCCUCUACUUUUGGAGUGUUCGAGGAAAGAAUAAGGGACAUUUGCAGUCUGAUUCAUGAUAAUGGAGGUCAAAUCUAUCUGGAUGGUGCCAACAUGAAUGCCCAGGUGGGGCUGUGUAGACCUGGGGACUAUGGAGCUGAUGUCUCCCAUCUCAACCUACACAAGACUUUCUGCAUACCCCAUGGUGGGGGAGGCCCUGGCAUGGGGCCCAUUGGAGUAAAACGGCAUUUGGCUCCUCAUCUUCCCACACACCCCAUCAUCCCUCCAUAUGGGACCACGGGACCAGAGGCAGAGUCUUUUGGUGUGAUCAGUGGUGCCCCCUAUGGUUCAAGUGCCAUUCUACCAAUAUCCUGGGCAUAUAUCAAGAUGAUGGGGGCAGAGGGAUUGAGACAUGCCACAGAGAUUGCCAUUCUUAAUGCCAACUACAUGAGCCAUAGACUGAAGGGCUAUUAUAAGACACUGUAUAGCAAUUUUGCUGGUUAUUGUGCACAUGAAUUUAUUGUUGACUGCAGAGAAUUCAAGAAGACAGCUGGUGUGGAGGUGGUAGACAUUGCUAAAAGACUUAUGGACUAUGGUAAUAAACAAGCUUAA